AUGCCCCAAAUCACCAGCGGUGAGCUCUCCAACCAUUUCGAAUUCUUGUCGUCUGGUGAAAUCCUUCCAUAUCCAUCAUAUUUCUGUUCCAAUGCCCGGUGGAAGCGUUCGGCGGUGAUGGGUGGCCAAUCCGAUCAGUCAGCAGCACCACUUGGGUACCUGGCGCCUCUAUGCGUUGCGGUCUUUUUCGUGUGUAUUUGGGUAGCCGUCGGUUCCAGAAAUCGUUACUUUCACAACAGUAUUCCUCCAUCCAGGAUAACCUUCGACCCGGAGAACCCGCCGCCCAACAGUGUAAACCCGUCAGUGAUAACGAUCAGUGAUAUCAACAAUCGUUUUCCGUUGACAGUUUAUCACAUCUGGUGGACAGACCGAAAUCAUAAACUUGCCACCACACUUCCGACCACCUCGUACGCGUCGGAUCCUUCGACAAGAUGCGACGGGAGCACUCAACGCGCGGUCGGUCAUCACCGAAACGCCACCUUGUCGGAUAAUCCGUCAGACGACCUUUCUAAUAGUUCAAAACAUCACUAUGAAGAUGUGAAGGCAAAUGCCGCAUUAUCUACGAGCGACACUCGCUCCAUGUGCGCUAUUUGUAUGGAAUGGUUCGAUACUGUCGACGUGAUCAGGCCGCUGACCUGCGGACACAUCUUCCACUCGGCGUGCGUGGAUCCCUGGCUUAGCCGACGUCAGGCCUGCUGUCCCUUGUGCAAAAUGAGCUUCUCGCGCUGUAGAAGACAGUCGGAGGAAGAGACGAUUCCGAAUGCAUUGGCAAUCCCAGUGCUACCAGGAAUAGCAAUGGUCCGAAACACAAUUCUUCCCCAUCGUGGUUAG